AUGCACACCGCGCUCCCUCUCGCUCUCCUCCUUUCCGCCUACGCGGGGCUUGCUGUGGCCUGGAAGUUCGACGUCUCCUACGACGACGGGACCACGCUGCACUUCAAUGGACACACCAACAGCGGCUGCACCAAGUUCAAAAAGUCGGACGCGGACGUGAACAACGUCCAUUUUGAGGGCUCGUCGCUGGCGGAUACGUUCGAGCUCUUCCACGAUGAGAGAUGCCACGACUUGGGAUACAAGGGGAAGAAGGGCGUCAAUAAUGUGCCCACCGGGCAGUACGCUAGCUACAAGGUCUAUUAG